ACGGAAACAUUUUUACGUCAACACGUGUGCAGGCUUGCUCGUACUUUGACGGUACAAAAACACGUAGGUGGUUUCUUGUUUUCUUGCAGACUUUAUUUCCAAACUAGAAUCCAUCCCGCCAUGAGGAAGACUCCCCUCUUCCUCCAGCAUGCAGAAGUAGGAAGGGAGGGCUUCAUUUUGACGCUCUGACGCUGCGAAGAUUGUGCAAAAGUUCAUGUGAACACAGGAGCAAAGCUGCGUUUGUGUUUUUACAAAUGCAAGACAGUGUGGAUUUCUGAUUAAAGGAAAAAUGAUUUCGAGGAAAAUUCACGCAGGAUCGUGCAGAUCAUGGCUGUUUCGGGUGUAUUUGAGGCAGGAGCUCUGUUGUUUCUCCUCUGUGCCCCCCCAGCCGGUGCCCCCUCUUGCCCAGACCCUUCAAAGCUACCUGAAGGCUCUGGAGCCCUUGCUGCCCCCUGAGGAGAUAAGUCACACCCGGAGGAUGGUGCAGGAGUUCGGCAGGACAGGAGGCCUCGGGCCGCAGCUGCAGGAGCGGCUGGAGAAGAGAGCCAGACACACCAAGAACUGGAUCUCUCCCUGGUGGGUGCAGUGGGCGUACUUGGAGAGCAGACUGCCGCUGCCCGUGCACUCGAACCCGGCCAUCUCUCUGCCCAGGAGAGAUUAUAACGGCUGGAGGAGCCAGCUAGUGUUUGCAUCCAAACUGAUCGCAGCAGUUCUGGACUUCAAGGCAACAAUCAGCACGGGCCAGCUGCCGGUGGAGAACAUGCGAGGGAAGCCUCUGUGCAUGGAGCUCUACCCGCUCCUCUUCUCCUCCUGCAGGAUCCCCGGCCCCAAACACGACUACAUCGCCCACCAUGGCCGCGCCCGACGCUCGCCGACUCACAUCACCGUCGUCAGGAACUACCAGUUCUUCCAGCUGGAGGUUUAUAACAGCGACGGCUCUCGGAUGACGGAGAGUCAGAUCCACGGUCAGCUGCUGAGGAUCCGCUCUCAGUCCUGGAAGACGGACAAAGAGCCGAUGGGCAUCCUGACCAGCGAACACCGUCACACCUGGGGACAGGCCUACAACCGCCUGCUGAGGGAUAAACUGAACAAGGAAUCCGUCGGGCUGAUUGAGUCUGGACUUUUCGUCUUGUGUCUUGACUCUCCGGUCAUGAGGAUAUCAGAUGAGAAGUACGCCAGCCGUAAAGCAGCGCAGGUCCUCCAUGGAGGCGGGACGUUCUCCAACAGUGGUAACCGCUGGUUUGAUAAGACGCUGCAGUUUGUGGUGGGAGAGGACGGCUCGUGGGGUCUUCUGUACGAGCAAGCCACCGCUGAGGGUCCGCCCAUCGCAACCCUGCUGCAUCACAUCCUGGACUACUGUGAGAAGCCAGACCCAAAGAGAGCCCCGCUGGUCCCUCUGCCGAUGCCCAAGAAGCUCUACUUUCACAUCGACCGAGAAAUAAAGAGGGACAUCGAGCACGCCAAGCAGAACCUCGACAUACUGAUCAACGACCUGGACGUGAAUGUGUUCAAUUUUAAGAAGUUCGGCAAAGAUCUUCCCAAGCAGCACAAGCUGAGUCCAAACUCCUUCAUCCAGGUGGCCCUGCAGCUCGCCUACUACAGAGUUCACAAUGAGGUCUGUGCAGCCUGUGGUAUUGUGUCUCAGCGGAUGUUUCGGGGAGGGAGGACAGAGUACGUCCGCUCGCCCACAAAUCAGACGCUCAAGUUCAUCCUCGCCUUCGAUGAUCCGUCAUUAUCACGGGAAGCUAAAGUGCAACUGUUCAGAGAAGCUGCUGAUGCAUAUUCAGCUCUGGCUAAUCAGGCACUUGAAGGCCACGGCAUUGAGAGCCACCUGUUGGGACUGAAGCUGCAGGCCAUCGAGGAAGGGCUGAGCAUUCCCAAAAUCUUCAUGGACACAGCGUACGGCCUGGCGACGCACUGGAAGCUCCGAACAGGGCAGGUGCCGGCUAACACGGACAGCGUGAUGUGUUUCGGGCCCCUUGUUCCUGACGGUUACGCCAUUUGCUACAACCCACAGGCCGACCACGUCCACUUCUCCAUCACCGCCUUCAACUGCUGCGAGGAGACGAACGCAGAGACGUUAGCCGUCACCCUGAAGGAUACUUUGUGUGAGCUGCAGGAGCUGCUGCAGCCGACUAUGUAGAGCUGCACGAUGAACCCGCUCGUCUCCACCUGUUAAAAAAAACUUCUUCUUUUUUUUUUCUCGAAACCAUAUUUUGUAAGAAGCCUAGACGAUGAUUGUUUCUGAUGUGGAUGUUUUUUUGGAGAACACCACACAGUGAUUUAUGAAAGCAGUGAAAUCUGAGUCAGUGUUGAAGACUGGAAACGAUGACUCCGAGGUGCUUUUGAUGCUUUUUGUUUUGUACAGCUUUUGAUAAAGCAGUUAAUCACUUUUCUUGUCUAGAUAAAGCUGAGCAAUCAAGCUGCUUAUAGUUAUGGUACAUUUGACGCACAAAGAGUUAUGUAAUACUGAUAUCUCCGGGUGGAUAGUAUAAGCCAAGCUGACACUCCGUCAUUAAUCAAAAUAAACCAAAAACAGCCUUUUUUGACCGGACUGCACUCCUCCUACAGGUCAUCAGACGACUUGCAGCCUCUUCGGAGAAUAAAUAUAUAUUUUUUGUUCUGCAUUGCCGUCAGUGUUGAUAAAUAUUUGAUCAUGCAUGUUAACAAGUUUGUUUGAAAUGGACCAAAAGCCUGAAAGCUGGCUGUAUAUAAGGUGGCAGUGCUUGUUUGUAUUUCCUGCAUUAUGAGACGAAUGUAAGAAACCUUUUGGCCUCACACUGAGGCGUGCUGUUCUGCUCCAACCUGCAGAACGUGUUAAUAAAGCCUGUUUAAACACGA